CCCGACAUCGCUCCGUCUUGCAAAUUGUGCCAUCCUCUAACAGGGCCCCGUGCCAAGAAUAGCAGCCUUAAGAAGGAAUUUGGGUCCAAAAAUAUCAGUCGUCACUUGGUGGUGUGGCAGAAGGACCUCGGUCGCGGUAAUUACGGUCGAGUCUAUUUAGCUACCUUCCGGAACACACAGGUGGCGGUGAAAGAGGCACUAGGACCGCAAACUACCAAGGAGAGCAUCGAUGAGGCCAAGCUGUUAUCGCAACUGAGUCAUCCAAGAAUUCUGUGCCUACUGGGGAUCUGCUGUGAACCCAACACCGAACCACUCCUCAUCAUAACGGAGUUUAUGCCCAAGGGCUCCCUGCUAGAUUUUCUGAAAACCGAGGAGGGCAAGGCCUUCAGUAUUGACGAUCUCAUCAAAAUACUUUCGCAGAUCUGUGAAGGAAUGGCUUACCUGGAGGAGCACAAAGUUGUGCACAAUGACCUUCGUGCCGCCAAUGUCCUUGUGGACGAGGAUAACAGUGUUCGAGUGGCGGACUUUGGGCUCGCCAAAAUACUGCGAUGUGAUAACCGCGAUAUCAAUAUUCGCCUACGUUUCAAAAAUCUUUAUCCUCUGAAUCAUAGCAAGUACGGUCAGAAGUGGCUUUUUGCCAAAACACAAACUGUAUACGUGUCCCACAUGAAAAAGGUUAUGAAGUUGAUGGUCGCAUAA